CUCCUCCUCUUGCUCCUCCUGGUUGGAGCGCAGUGUCCGGAGCGGGCUGGGGGGAGAGAGCCCGAGAGCGGGGUUCGGUGCCUUUUCCUCUGUCCCCAGCCGGUGCCCGUAGCCCCCCUCCCCUUCCUCCCCACCCCCUCCCCUCCCCGGCCCUGCCCUCCCCCUUGUCCCGGGAUCGCUCCGUCGCACCCACCAUGAUGGAAGACGACGGGCAGCCCCGGACUCUAUACGUAGGUAACCUCUCCAGAGAUGUGACAGAAGUUCUUAUUCUUCAGUUAUUCAGUCAGAUUGGACCCUGUAAAAGCUGUAAAAUGAUAACAGAGCAUACAAGCAAUGACCCAUAUUGCUUUGUGGAAUUUUAUGAACACAGAGAUGCAGCUGCUGCAUUAGCUGCUAUGAAUGGGAGAAAAAUUUUGGGAAAGGAGGUCAAAGUAAACUGGGCAACAACACCAAGUAGCCAGAAAAAAGAUACUUCCAAUCAUUUCCACGUGUUUGUUGGGGAUUUGAGUCCAGAAAUUACAACAGAAGAUAUCAAAUCAGCAUUUGCCCCCUUUGGUAAAAUAUCGGAUGCCCGAGUAGUCAAAGACAUGGCAACUGGAAAAUCCAAAGGCUAUGGCUUUGUAUCUUUUUAUAAUAAACUGGAUGCAGAAAAUGCAAUUGUGCAUAUGGGAGGUCAGUGGUUGGGUGGUCGUCAAAUCAGAACCAAUUGGGCCACACGUAAACCACCUGCACCUAAAAGUACACAAGAAAAUAACACUAAGCAGUUGAGAUUUGAAGAUGUAGUAAACCAGUCAAGUCCAAAAAAUUGCACUGUGUACUGUGGAGGAAUUGCUUCUGGGUUAACAGAUCAGCUUAUGAGACAGACAUUCUCACCAUUUGGGCAGAUUAUGGAAAUCAGAGUUUUUCCAGAGAAGGGCUAUUCAUUUGUCAGAUUUUCUACCCAUGAAAGUGCAGCCCAUGCCAUUGUUUCGGUGAAUGGUACUACAAUUGAAGGACAUGUUGUUAAAUGCUAUUGGGGUAAAGAAUCUCCUGAUAUGACUAAAAACUUCCAACAGGUCGACUAUAGUCAGUGGGGCCAGUGGAGCCAAGUUUAUGGAAACCCACAACAGUAUGGACAGUAUAUGGCAAAUGGGUGGCAAGUACCACCUUAUGGAGUAUAUGGGCAACCAUGGAAUCAACAAGGAUUUGGAGUAGAUCAAUCACCUUCAGCUGCUUGGAUGGGUGGAUUUGGUGCUCAGCCUCCCCAAGGACAAGCCCCUCCCCCUGUAAUACCUCCUCCCAACCAGGCUGGAUAUGGCAUGGCCAGUUACCAAACACAGUGAGCUGGGACUCUAAACAAAAUGUAAUUCAUGAUAGCUUCAAUUUCCUUGUGACACUCUGAAGACAUGAAAGUAGACAUCGGAAAAUGAAAAUAUUUAUUUUAAAAAUUGAAAUGUUUGGAACCUUUAGCACAGCUUUGCUUUGGUGAAGGACACAUGUCUUCUAGUUCUGCCUUUUUAAGUUUUUGUUCAUGAUGGAUAUGAACAUGAUUUUUCUUUGUGUACAAAAACUACAAUAAAGUCAAUUAAGACAAUUCUGACUACAAAUUUUGAUAUAAUAGGAGAAAUGGGUAAUACAUUUUGAUUCUUAGAUACUAUUCCAUUUUUAUCUUGCUGUUCAGUAUUUUAACUCACUGUGUUUUUAAAAGAGCAAAAAAGGGAGGAUCAUGGAAAACUGGGAAUCACAAUAAGUUCAUCUUGAACCUUGAUACUCCCCUCCCCUCCCCCAAGGUGGACCACAUUUGAAGUCAGCAGAAAAAAAGUGUGAUAUUGAGAAGAAAUGCAUGAUUUUGGAGUCGCUUUGGAGGAAAUACUUUCUCUGUGCCUAAAGCAACUGCAGCCAGACUGAUAGAAGAAAUCUUGCAACCUAAAUAAGGAACAGCAUUGUCUGACUUACUUGAGCAAAUAUUGGUGGUCCAGAUUAAGACAUAUUUUUAAAACUUUAAAAAGUGUUGAUUAUUAAAACUGUAGUAAAUUACAUUUCAUUUUGGGGGGAAAAUUCCAAGUAUGGUGUUUGUAUUAAAGUCAGACAGUCAUUCUUAUGCUUUUACAUGAAGUUUAAAUGAUAUACAUUGUAAAUAUGGAAUACAGUGUUUAAAAAGCAUGCUUCAACAUAGAAGUAGCAGCAAUGUAAUUAUUUGAAGUAACACUUAACACACUACACUGCAUUGAAUGCAGUGGAUGAAUAAGAAUGUUUAAGACUGACAUUUCCAAGGUUGGCUACUAUGUAAAAUUAAAAUUAUACAAAUUACUAUACAGAAAAAGCCUUAAUUUUAAUUUCAUACAAAUCUUUGAUGCAUUAGUAGAUUUUAAAAUGUCAUUGGAAAUUAGAUUUCUUUUUUUUUUUCCUUUUUUUGCUUUACAUCAUUUGGUAUGUAAAUACCUUGAUUAAAACCUUGUAAACCUAUUUCAAGGUUCCUAUAAGUUGUAUAGUACAGUGUUUUUAAAAAAUCUUGGGGUGUUUUUUAAAAUUAGAUAUAUUUUGCCCAAGAAUUUUUUUAACAAGAUUGCUAAAACAUCUUAUUUAGACAGUUUGAUGUACCAAUUUAUAAUUGGAUAUUCAACUUAAAUAGUAUACAGAGUUGUGACUUUUAUUUUAAUUAAUUUUUUCCUUGUGGGUAGUGUGCAUGGGAGACAAACCUGAACAGAGGCUGAGUUGUAUGAGUGCAGAGUUUGUAAAUGAAUUGAUUGGGUAAGAUUGACAUUUGCUUCUGAGGUAUUUUUCAGGCCAUGUGCAUAAAAUCUGCCUCAAAUUUCUAUCAUAGCAGGAAUGUAAAAGAUAAAAAUCCUAUGUUUUUGAGUUCUGACAGCUAGGGGGUGCAAAUGUUUAGGCAGCGUAUUUGAAAUGUUCUGAGGUCUGGGCACCAAAAUGAGAAAACUCUUUACAGUUAAGUAAUAAGAUUCAGCUAGCACCCACAGAUUACUGUUUUUUAAACUUUUGAUGUCUUACAGUUAGCUUUAAAAUAAUGAUGGUUUUAUAAAUUGGUCUACACAAUAAUUUUGGUAUUUUCCUUCUUCCCCCGUUUAGCAAUGUGUUGAACAUGAAAAUUUACAGGGUCUGAAGUUGUUCAUCUUUGGGCCAGAAUUUUUAUGGCACUUUAGUUUUAACCACAGUACUCA